GCCCAGGCGCUGGCCAAGCCCAGUUGCUAUAAAAGGGAGCCACCACUCAGCCUGCGUAUUCCGUCAGUUCUGUCAACUCUUUCAACAAGGUUUCUGGAAGACCUGGUGAGGCAUAUCCUUAGGCACCAUGCUGACUGAACUGGAGAGCGCCCUGACCAACUUCGUUACUGUCUACCACAAGUACUCCCUGCUACAAGGGAACGCCCAUGCCCUCUACAGGAAUGACUUCAAGAAAAUGCUAGAGGCUGAGUGCCCUCAGUAUAUGAAGAAAAAGAGUGCGGAGUCCUGGUUCAGAGAGUUGGAUAUCAAUAGCGACAAAGCCAUCAACUUUGAGGAGUUCCUCAUACUGCUGGUCAAGAUAGCCGUGGUGGCCCACAAAGAAAGCCACAAAGAAGGCCACAAAGAAGGCCACAAGUAGCAUGGUUGUUGGGCACUGGCACGGGGCCCCUGUAAUUGCCCCUGAAGAAUAAUAAAGUAAUUGAUACCUCA